AAAGUUACAACCUUGACAUGAUUAUAUGAUAUUUUACCGAUAAUCGAUCAGAAACGGAUCCGCUCUGGCUGCAGUGCGCGCUCCCGACACAGGGGGCAGAAUUUCCCAUUAGACCGGUGCUGGUACCGGUCCAGUUCCACCAUCACAGCUCAAACAGACUGGUCCUGGAUCUGCUCUGUGACGUCAUCAGGGUGGGGACAUGGUCUCUGAGGAACCGAGCCGCUGAUUGGUCCGCUGGGGCCGGGCGGCCAAUCACAGAGCUGCAUGUUGCCACGUGGCAGCGCCGCUGGCCUCAGCAGGAAGAACCGACGGUUCGGCUGGAAGAGAGAAAAUAAACCCAAAACACAGAAGUUCCGACGCGGUCCGAGGAAACAGAACGGGAACCGAACGUCAGGGGGAGGACCGGACCGAACCGGACCGGACCGGAGUGCUGGUUCUGGUACCGGUGAUCGUUACAGCCAGGUCCCCCCAGCAGCCAUGAGCGGCGAGCCCGACCCGCUGGUGGCCCGGCCCGACCCGGUUCCCGACCCGCUGGCCGUGGUGACCCAGCUGAGGGACCUGGCGGCCGACCCGAUGAACCGCAGAGCCAUCGUCCAGGACCACGGCUGCCUGCCGGGCCUCAUCCUGUUCCUGGACCACCCGGACCCCCAGGUGGUCUACUGCGCCCUGCUGGCGGUCCGGUACCUGGCGGAGUGCCGAGCCAACAGGGAGAAGCUGAAGGCAGAGCUGGGGAUGAUGCUGAGCCUGCAGAACAUCGUGCAGAAGUCCACCACUUUUGUUCUGCAGGUUCUGGUCCAUUUCCCGGAGGCCGGUUCUGUAUCGGUGGAGCAGAACCUGGACCUGCCGGAGUAUCUUCCAGAAGAGGAGAGUCCGUCUCAAGACCCAGACAAGGCGAUCAGCCGGGUCGGGUCGGGUCAGGAUGGGUCCAGCUGGCUCGGUGCUGCCGCCAACUUCCUGUCCCGCUCCUUCUACUGGUGACCCAUCAGAACCAGAACCAGCUGCUGGAUCAGAACCACAAUGUCUUACUGAGCGGGACAAACGGGUCAGAACAGAAAGUUUUCUAUUUAUUGUCCAAACGGACCGAACCGCAGAACUGGAGUUUUAAUUGGUUCUGAUCCGGAACAGUGACACCAGAACCGGGUCAGAACAACUGUUGAGUGUUUAAUCCAGACCAAAAGUUCUGAUCCGGGCUUUCCCUCAGCAGCUUUCUGGAACGUCGUCAUGUUUACACUUUACCCGACUGGAUGCCUUGAAACCAGAACCGACCGGAACCAUCGGACCCGACUGGUUCCUCUUGAACGAACGCUGGGGACCAGUUUGGGAAUCGGCAGAGGAUCCAAUUCAGCCGAAUGUUUUCCUCAGGAAAACCUCAGAUGUUCCCAGCGUUCCCAGCGUUCCCAGGAUCCAACAGAACAAAGACCCGGGUCAUUUCCUCCUGAUGGAUCUCUGAUCUCUGCGUACCUGACCAGGUGUGCAGUGUUAGCCCCGCCUCCUCCUGCCUCUGUCCAAUCACAGGGCUUCAGUCGUGCAGGCCGUGUGACCCGGUCUGCUUCAGAACCACUGGACCGGUUCUGAACCGGUUUCUAUCAUUGUGACUGUUAACCUUCAUCAUCUUCCUCUUCCUCAGUGUGAAUAAAAUGCUUCAGUCUGAA